AUGUACGCUGAUCUCGUGGAGAAUGGAGGGCAGAGGUCCGUGAAGGAGCGCCUUAAUGGGAAUGGUACUAGUGGUCCUACUUGGCUGCAGCAACAACGUCAAAUCACCGGUAAGAGCCCAAUCAUAUCACUCAAUCCUUCAAGUUGGUUACGAGAUGAUCGAGCAAGCGAGUUAAUACUACCGAUGGAAAUAGUAGUGAAUACCAGCCUGAAAUUGCAUGGAAAAGAUGGGAGUUGUCUGUCAUGUUGGAGCAUGUGCGAGCCCAUGUUGCACCAACGAGAUGUUGAUCCAGGGGCCGAGUGCAAUGGCUACCAAAAAUUCUCGGAGGAUCUCCAAAAGUAA